GAGGAGACUGUCCUCAACCUGUUCCAGAAUUUCCUUUACCCCCGUUUCUUCCUCUAGCUGCUCUUCGAAAUGGGGUUUAACAAUCCAGAUGUGUCUGUUGAUGUUUUUCCAUACCUUAGGGUGUACAGGGACGGAACCAUCGAGAGAAUUGCAGGGACUGAAGUAGUGCCGGCAGGACAUGAUUCUGAGACUGAUGUUCUAUCCAAAGACAUCGUGAUUGUACCGGGUACUGGUGUUUCAGCCAGAGUCUACCGUCCAAACUUUGUCCGCAAGGAGCAAAAACUUCCCCUGGUGGUGUAUUUUCAUGGGGGAGCCUUUUGCAUAGCCACUGUGGCCGAGCCUAAGUACCACACCAGUCUCAACAAGCUAGUGGCAGAGUCUAAUGUUGUGGUUCUUUCGGUGGAUUACAGGUUGGCUCCGGAGCAUCCUCUUCCGGUAGCGUAUGAGGACUCAUGGGCUGCACUUCAGUGGGUAGCUUCUCAUGUGCUGGGAGAAGGCGGCCAGGAGAAUUGGCUCAAGGACUAUGUGGACUUUGAGCAGGUGUUUCUGGCUGGUGACAGUGCUGGUGCUAAUAUUGCACAUCACUUGGCUUUGAGGAUCAAGGACUCAGAUCUGGGUCAGCACCUCAAGAUUCUUGGUAUCGGUAUGAUCCAUCCUUACUUCUGGGGGAUAACUCCCAUUGAAACCGAGAUUACGGAUCGAUUCAGGAAGGAAUUAGUGGAUAACUGGUGGUUGUUUGUAUGUCCCUCUGACAAAGGGUGUGAUGAUCCCCUUAUCAAUCCAUUUGUGGAUGGAGCAUCUGAUGUUGCAGGGUUGGCAUGUGACAGGGUGCUCGUAAUUGUGGCAGAGAAGGAUAUACUGAGGGACAGAGGGAAGCUUUACUAUGAAAAACUGGUGAAGAGUGGGUGGCAGGGGACGGCGGAGCUGAUGGACAUAGAAGGGGAGGAUCAUGUCUUCCACAUCUUUGAACCCAAUUCUGUGAAGGCGAAGGGUAUGACCAAACGCUUGGCUUCUUUCUUCAACAAAGGAAAGGCUCCUGUUCUGUGAGUGUGCUGCUGUCUUUUCAAGAGUUUGCGCAAAAUAAGACCCAAGAAAAUUGAUGUCCGCGUUAAAAUGAAGAUUCACUGUGUUUUUCAAAUUUUCUUUUCCACUAGUAUUGCUUUAUGUAUUUUUGUCAAAGUAUUUUUGUUUUCUUAUGCGAUAUAUUUCUACUAU